UCUAUAACCUCUCUUGCAAUCUUAAUCUCAAAACAUUGUUUAUCGUUAUACGAAAUACGCAUAGUUUUCAUAAAGUAGACGUUGAUCUCGAUGUUGCAUCUCACGAAUAAUCGAGGACGAUAUUAAGAAAGAAUCGGAGCAGCAACUCGGUACACAGAAUUAAUUAGUAGGAGGAAAAUUUGUAGAGAGUCAGAACGGUGAAUCCGGCAGUCGUUUACCGGUCAACUGUACACAAUGCCUAUAAAGUUCAUCGGUCGCACAACGGAUUUCAAGGGAAAGCCCUUAUGGGAAAUCGUGGCAAAUCUGAAGAACUUCGGCGUUGGCAGACUCGUGAUAAGAAAUCGCUUUCAGAGGUAUCCCGAACCUUGUUACAUGAAAAUACUGAAGGUCGCUGGGAUGCCCUUACCUGACCGACCCUAUAACGACCGCAAAGUUAUGGUAUUAGUUGAGAAAGUCUUCCGUGGCAUCAAAAGCUCGAAACCAGUGCAACUGGACAGCUCGACUUACAAGGCAGAUUACAUGCUGAUUCCUAAGGAUCAGGAGCAUAUAUUUCUUAAUAACACAAAGGUAGUGGAGAAGAGAAUCAUGCCCAAGACAACGGAGCUUCCACCAUUAUUCUCACACUUGAUAAUAAAUCAGAUGAAGGCAAAAGGCAUCGCUGUGUCCACAGAACCAAAAUUAAAUCUUCGGUAUAAUCUCACAGCAACAGAUGUUAAGAAUUACAGAGUAGCUGAGGAAGAUGAAACCCCAACGGUGAAAUUGAACUUUAAGGUGGACGAGUCUAGUUCAUUGUUCCCAAAGCCAGAAGAGACAGCAACCCCGUGAGAUUUUACAUUUAAUGUUGAUAUAUAGUUGUUAAGAAUAAAUAUUUUAUAAAUUAUUUCUGAAGAGAGAAGCAAUAAAUUACUUUAGGGAGAAACGUAAAAAGAAAACAAUCCGAUUCUCAAAGCUCCAUUUCAUUGGAUGUAUAAUUAAAUUCAGGAGUGUCCAUUUUUUCUGCACGAAUGACCUAGAAUUUAUGCAAGAACCAUUAUUUAUUUUUCAAUUCCUUAAUUAUACUAAUACCUUCCAAAACUGACGCAUCUCCUGAACAUCCGUUUUUUUUCUAACAAGCCAACCACGAACAUAUCUCUGUAUAUGUAAAGCGGCCUCCUCUUUAGUCCACAACCAUGAUUUUGGAUAAAUUGGCCUAGGACUAAAAAAAAGAUGUAAAAUAAAAUAUAAUUUUUAAAAACCGGGAUAUGUUUUCUUCUUACUGCAACUUUAGCCAUAGCUUGAAUUGUGGUAUGUUAAAUAUGCCUUGCCAAGUGCACAAUCUACUCGGAUGUUGCGAAUUUCGAUUCCAAAGAAUCUCCGCAAGAUAAUCCAAUCCAUUAAAGGAGCAUUUAUGUGUCUAAGUAUAAUAAUUUUUUUUCAAGAUAUCGUUUGUAUUUAUUGAUUCUAAAAAUACACUCGAUAUCUAAUGCAACAUUAUACUUCUAAUGCAUUUCGACGAUCAGCUUCAAGUAACAUUUCCUCCAUUGCAUUUAAUAAAAUCGGGAAUAUAUUUUUAUUUAAGUAAUCCGGGACGCUUUCAGAUGAAUUCAUCGUUUGCACGUCAAGAGUUCUACGAGUUUAUCAAGCGAAUACAGAUACGAAUCGACGUAAAUUAUUGCAAA